AUGAAAAAUAUAAUUGCAGCCACAUUGACGACUCUACUAAUUGGUUUGGGUUUCUACCAAGUAAAUUUAGAUACUGCUUCUGAUUUUGAAAGAUGGACUUUGAAAUAUGGCAAAAUUUAUUAUGGAAAUGAGAAAAUAUACAGAUAAACAAUUUAUUAUCAAAAUAAAUAAAUGAUUUAUUAACAUAACAAAAGAAAUGAUAUUACUUAUUAAAUGGCAGAAAAUCAAUUUAUGACUAUUACAAAUGAAGAAUUUAUUAGACUUUAUUUAAAUACUAAAUCAUUUGAAUAAUUAAAUGAUUAAGAUAAAGUUAAAAGAAAUAAUAUACAUUAAUCUUCUGAACCUAUUAAUAAAGAAAAUAAAAAAAGGUCAAUUGAUUGGAGAGGUUUGGUAAACGGUAAUUUUAUGGUUCUGGUAUAUUUUCUGAUUGCAGUUCUGGUUCUAGCAAUACAAAUUAUUAUGCAUUAGCUGUUGGUUAUGAUUCAUCAGAUAUUUGGUUUGUUCAAGCAUCUUUUGGAACUAGUUGGGGAGAAUCUGGAUGUAUAAGACUAGCUCCAGGAAAUACUUGUGGUAUUUUAAAUGAUGGUCACGAUGUGCAAUUGUAUAAUUGAUUUAUCAUAAAACCAUUAAGCAUAAAAUAAAAAUUUCACCCAAUCUCCAAAUAUUAAUCAUUUCAAUAAGAAAGGUCUUUCUAAAUAAAAUCAAAUUCACAAAAAAGACAACUUGAAUUCUGUUUUAAAUGCCUUCCUAAAUUAUUUAUCAUCUGAUUAAGUUUUCUCUAUAUAUUAUCAUAAUAAACAACUAUAUUUAAUAAAUAUUUUGAGAAUUAACCUUUUUAUUAAAUUAAAUGUUUAAUUUUGCAUAAAAUUAAUAAUAAUGAGUUUAUCAAUACUUAUUUUAGAAUUAUAACAAUAUACUUUUGAGUCUUUCAAUAUUAUAGCUUUAUUUAAACUUAUAUGA